UUCUACUCAAUGUUAUAAAUGAAACAAUGGAAGAAUUAAAAGAGCAUGCCUUUCUUCAACAAUUAGUAACUACAUCUACAUCUGCAUCGCAUGUCACAAUCAAAACUGGUGAGAAUAAUGAUCAAGUGGGAUCUAAUAAUUUUAACUUAGAUCUGCCAGAACCAACACUUGAAAAUUUGGCAACUAUACAUUCAAUAAUCAAAAUAGCAAGCGAAUCGAGUGAAUUAGAAAAAUAUCAGUUGGCCAUCUCUUUACAUGAAAUUGCAUUAUUUGAAGUACUCAUACGUAAAGAUUUAUUCGUCAAGGUUGCAGGAAUUUUUGAAUACGAUCCACAAUAUACCAACAAAAGACCUAAACAUAGAAAAUUAUUAUCAGAUCAAUCUAAACAUAAACAAGCUGUAAAAAUUAAAGAUGACCUUAUUAAAGAAAAAAUUCACGAAACAUUUCGAAUCCAAUUUUUUAGAGAUUCCUUAUUACAUGGAUCAUGCGAUGAUGAAACAUUAACAGCAUUAUCUUCAUUAAUCUGUUUUAAUUAUAUUGAGAUAUGCAGGCAUUUUGCUAAUGAUUCUGAAUACUUAUUAGAAAUAUUUGAUAUACUAAAUAAACCAAAUGAGCCUAUACAAAAAAAAUAUGAUUCCAUAGGAUUUUUACAAGAAUUAUUUCAUAUUGCCAAAAAUUUGCAACCUUCCAGCAGAAGUGAUUUAUACAGAGCAUUAUGUAAAAAUGGAAUUUUAGACGCAAUCGAAUCAACUUUAGAGAUUGAUGAUGCCAUUUUGAAAUCAGGAGGUAGUAAUUUAUUAUCAUCAAUUAUGGUGUUGGAGGCAGGAAUAGUAAGGUUGCAUAUACUUAGGAAACAUAGAAUAAAUGAAAAAUCAUUAGCAACUAUAAUAAUAAAUCAAAUAGUUGAAAAUAAAAAUUCAGAUUUCACAACUCAUUUAGCCGGUGUUUUGCAAUCUCUAAUUAAUAUAAAUGGUAGUUUAGAUAUGGAUUACACUUAUGAGGAGUCAGCACUCGCUAGGUAUAGGGAAGAAAAAGAUAAUGAUCAGUUUUUACAAUUUUUUUACGAAAAUUUAUCUGUAACCUUGUUCGGGCCACUAAUUAAUUUGCCAAAUUUAAAUUCUGAAACUGAAAUAUUAUAUUUAACCGAAUCACAAUUAACCUUAUUCUUUCAUCUAUGUGAGUUAAUGAGAAUGAUGAUAAGAUAUCAUGGAGUGAGAAGUAAAUUUCUUAUUAUGACAAAUAGCAUUGUACCAAAGCUUGUGUUAUUGUUAAGAACAAAUGAUAAAAUUUUAAGGCUUUCGGCGUUACGAACCAUUCGUUCAAUAAUUGGGCUUGAUUAUAAAUUUGUUGUCAAAAAUGUUGCAUCACACAAAAUCAUGACACCAAUAUUAAGGUUAUUAUUAGAACCUAAACCUAAAAACAGUUUAUUAAAUUCUGCUUCGGUUGAAUUGCUUGAAUAUAUUCGAGUAAGUAAUAUUCGGCCAUUUAUUGAUGAAUUAGUUGAUAAACAUCGUGAGGAACUAUCAUCAACUAGUGAUUAUGCCAACACUUUUGAGAAGCUUAUCCAACAAUACGAUAGAAAUCAUAAUCAAACGACUGAUGUUACUACGGAAUCUGAUGAGACAACAAACAAUCCUGCUAAUCCACGUCAAGCCAUAAUAAGUGAUUGGUCAUCAACAACUCGAAAAAGCUCAUCUACUCCAUCUCCGACAUCUCCAACUGAUCAAGAUCAAGAAGAAGAAGAAAUAAAUAUUGAUAAAGAAUUAAAAUCAUUCACUGCUGCUGCUUCAUCAUCAAAGUCCUCACCGUUAUCAUUUCAAAUCAAUUUUAAUGCUGCUAUUAGAAGUAUUAAAUCAAGGUUUAUUAGUAGUGGUAGUAAUAAUAUUAACAACAACAAACAGAAGUUACCACAAUAG